UCUCACAUGCAUCAAUCCAAUCAUUAUAAACAUCUAAUGGUUCAGAAAGUAAGUUUAUUGUAGUUUGGAAAUCUUCUAAGCAGACUCUACAAGUAAUCCUUGCUGUAUUUCUUGGUUUGUCCCUGGAAACAGAAAACAAGCAGUAAAAUACGAAAUAUAAGUAUAACUACUAUAAGUAUACGCACAUCUUAACCUCACACGACUUUUCGUGAUUACAAAAUGGACAAUUAAAUUGAGUAUCUAAAGGUUGAAUAGCUUUCUUUUUACUUGGAGGCUUCCGUUUACUCUUCCUUCGUCCCAUUGUACCUUAAACGCUCAAAAUUAUGCAAGUUUAUAUUAGAAAAUAAUCAUUCAAAAUAUACUACAUCUACACCAAGCUUUGGUACUGCAUACGUAUAUGUACACAUUAUAUUGCGAACUGUUGCGUACAAUCACCGGACGCGGUAAAACACUGUGAAGUUCGCAAAAAACUACACACAUAUAUGUGUAUUACGUAUUGUAUGUAUAGAUGAAUAUACGCAAGGAACAUACAUGCAAUUCUUGUAGUCAUAACGCUGUACUAAUUCAGAAGUCACAAUUUUUUUUUUGAACUAUUCUUAAUAUUGAAUGAAAUCAUUUUAUUGACACACACUCAGUGAACAAACCUACUAAAUGUAUUACAAACUAUGUACAUGCAGUGUAUAGACAUUGGUUAUGUAAAUACAAAAUACACUUAUGAACAAUACAACAUUUAUAAAAAAGACAUAAGUUAGUAAAACAGUUUUUGAAGUUCUAUGUUGUUUUAAAAAUAUCUUUUAAUGCUAUGAAUUCUUUAAAUGUAAAUUUGUCUAUCCCAUUCCCAUCACCGAGGGAAGCAGAAAUUGUUUACCAAGUUCUUAGAGUUGAUAAGGAACCAUCAAGGGGUAGUGUUUCAAAAGAACUAACAUUGAAUGAUAAUUUAUUGAAAUUAGUAAUUUCUGGGACCGAAGCAAGAAAAGUUAGAGUAGCAUUGACAUCAUUUUUUGAUAGCUUAAUAUUGGUAACAGAAACUAUUCAACAAUUUGGUCCACCUGCACCGACGUUUGAUUAUUAUUAAAUAAAUACUGUAUCAUCUUUCUCA